AUGCUCUCCCGGUUCUCUUCAUCUAUCGUUCGUCAACGAAUUCAAAAAAGACAAAUGUCUUUUGAACUAUCAAGCACUCAAAAAGAAAUUCAAGCAGCAGCAUUGCAAUUUUCGAAAGAUGUACUCCUACCAAAUGCUUCCAAAUACGACAAAAGCGGAGAGUUUCCAUGGGAAAUUGUCCGUCAAGCUCAUUCCCUUGGUUUCAUGAAUCCAAUAAUCCCAGAGAAGUACGGUGGACCUGGAAUGGGUGGUUUAAAUUCGGUGCUGAUUGUUGAAGCGUUGUCCUAUGGAUGUACUGGAAUCCAGCUCGCUAUCGUUGGACCAUCUCUCGCCGUGGCUCCAGUAUACUUGGCUGGAACCGAAGAGCAGAAGAAAAAGUAUUUGGGAAUGAUGGCAUCUGAAGCUACUAUUGCAUCGUAUGCAGUCACAGAACCAGGAGCAGGAUCGGAUGUAAACGGAGUGAAGACCAAAGCAGUGCAGAAAGGAGAUGAGUAUGUCAUCAAUGGAUCAAAAGCAUGGAUCACCGGAGGAGGACAUGCAAAAUGGUUUUUUGUUUUGGCAAGAACUGAUGAGAAUCCGAAUACUCCUGCUGGCAAAGCCUUCACUGCAUUCCUUGUUGAUGGGGAUACUCCUGGAAUUACACGAGGAAAGAAGGAAGAGAAUAUGGGUCAGAAAUGCUCAGAUACAAGAACAAUUACUUUUGAAGACGUUCGUGUUCCCAAAGAGAACAUUCUUGGUGCUCCAGGAGCUGGAUUCAAAGUCGCCAUGGGUGCAUUCGAUCUGACACGUCCACUGGUUGCUGCCGGAGCAGUUGGCCUGUCCUGGAGAUGUCUGGAUGAAUCUUGCAAGUACGCAUUGGAACGAAAUGCCUUCGGAACACCGAUUGCCAAUCAUCAAGCCAUCCAAUUCAUGCUUGCCGAUAUGACUGUCAAUCUGGAACUUUCUCGUCUCUACACCUACCGUGCUGCAGCUGAAACUGAUGCAGGUGGCGUUUCUUCUUACAGUGCAUCAAUUGCAAAAUGCUUCUCGGCCGAUACGGCAAAUAUUGCUGCUGCCAAUGCUUGUCAGAUCUUUGGAGGCGCCGGUUUCAAUUGCGAUUAUCCAGUUGAGAAGCUGAUGCGUGAUGCCAAGAUUUACCAAAUCUACGAAGGAACUUCUCAAAUCCAACGCAUGGUCAUUUCUCGCACUCUUCUUCAAAACUUCGCUCAGAACGGAACUAGCAAAAUGGGAUAG